GGAACUUGGAGGUUUCUUCUGUUGAUACCUAAAUAAUUAUUUUGAGAUAGAUAAAGUAUCAUUUUACUUUUUUAUUAUUCAUACAGUUGUUUAAUAAAAGUUGUGUGUACGGAAUAAAAAAGGUACAUGUGGAGUAUGAUCGCAAUAUGGAAUUCCAAACAAAAACUGUAAGAGAGCUAAAGACCUAUUCUCGGUCUGCGAAGCCUAGGAAACAUUCUGAAGAUUUAACUUCUAAACUUGAAAACUCUGAAGAACCUUUAACAACGAAAGAUGCAAUACGUUUCCUUCUCAAUGGAACGUUACGGUUUCGAGUUUGCAGAUAUUGUUUGAAUAAAACAAGCGAGUUAAAUGAACUGGAUGAAGUGUUAGUAUUAGCGGGAAAAAGUGGGUUAUACGAGGUCACUAUAAAGGAUAUAAUUGCUAGCUUCCACCCGUUCAAGGUUGCACAUGACUCCAAUUUUCCAAACAAAAUUUGCAAGAAAUGCUUAGACAAAGCAUUAGCGUGUUACCUCUUCACGCAGCAGUGCGAACAAUCUGAACGAGCAUUGCGUAAUUAUUUCGAAGAUAUGGAUGAGAAAUUCAGCAAGCUUGACCCUUUGGAACCUGUCAAAAGGAGAGGAAAACCAAAGUUAAAACCUAACUACAAUGUAUUACACGCAGAGCAUCUAAAUAUCAUAGAUUACGCUGAACCUAUUAUAAAUAUAGUUAAUUUAAAUACAAUACCGCUAGAAAUUACGGAGGAAAAUGAACUUGAAUGCUCUAAAUGCUGGCAGUUACUUCCUAAUAAGUUUGCACUAGCCAAUCACGAGAAAUCUCAUCCUAAAACAAUGUGGUAUCAUUGUAAAUUAUGCGGCAAGUCCUUUGUCAAAUAUUCGCAACUCAAAAAACAUAAACGUAUACAUGCUUGGAGCAAUGAAAUCGCAAAACCAGAGAUUGGCUUCACUUGUCAGCAAUGCGGAGUUAAUAAUAAAUCACUGGAUGAACAUUUACGGCAUAUUGAGAAACAUAAGUUCAAGAAUUCAUUGGACAAUUUGAUAAAACGAAAUACAUCGAAUAUGUGUUCUAUAUGUUUUAAUAUUGAUGAAGAAACAACGGAAUUUAGUAAAACUAUGAGUUUUCAUGGUGGUCUACCAGGCUUGACUGGAGAGAAAAGUAUUUAUAGUAUGGUGUCUUCUGUAUUUCCAGAUAUCUCAUUAGCUUGCUACACUGGAACCAAAAUUUGCAAUCAUUGCCUUAGUAAAUUGAUAACGACAUACAUAUUUUUGCUAUCAGCUAAAAAUAUAAGAAAUAGACUUAAUACUUGUAUAAGUUUAAUCCUAAGUGAUCUAGAUAAAGUUGAUGAAGAUAAAAAUGUUAUAAUAGAAAUAGGCCAAGAUGCUAUACUGCCCAGUUUUGAGUAUGACAAUGUGGAGCUAAUAAAAGAUGAAGAUAUGAAUAUCGAUGUUUUGGAAGACGAAUUUAGGGUUUCAGAUAGUGAAUCUAUAAAAAGUGAAUCUAUAAAAAGUGAAUCUAUAAAAAGUGUAUCUGUGCAAAGUGAUAUACUUAGUUCACUAGAUGAAAAUGAAUUCGUGAACCCUGCUAAAAAUGCAACUAAAACAUAUGCUAAAAAGAAUGCAGUUAACGGUUAUCAAUCUUACAUAGACUGCGAAUAUUUAGAUGAUGUUUGCAGCGAGUUUCUAACAUUCAGAAAGCGAACGAAAAACAAGAAAAAUUGUCUCUUCACAUGCCCCAUCUGUCAUAAACAUUUUAUAUCAGAUUAUUUCUUGAAUAAACACGUUUUAAAGCAUACAUUCGAAACGGUUAAUUGUAAAUUUUGUGCAAAGACAUUUAAAUCUAAAUCUCGCAUGUUCGAACAUGUUAAAGUGGUACAUUCGUUGAAAACACAAGUGUUUGCUGAGUGUAAUGUUUGUGGUCGUAAUUUUACAGAUGCAUUAAAACUGAAAAAACAUAUCAAAAGACAUUUCAAUACACAAUGUAUUCUUUGUGAUAAGUUUUUCAAGACGCAAGUACAUCACGAUAGGCACAUUCAACGACACAUCAUGAAAUUCAAAAAAAAUAGCCGCUACGAAAUUUUAACUUGUAGCUUCUGUGAGAAGGCGUGUAUAAACGAAAAUGAUCUCUCACUACACGUGAAUAAAGUUCAUUUAUUAAUGAAACCGUACAGUUGUGAUAUGUGCGAAAAACAAUUUUACACAGAGUAUAAUUUGAAUUGUCAUAAACGCUUGCAUAGUAUGUUCUCGAAGGAAGAAUGCAACUUUUGCGGUAAAGUUUUUAAAUGUAGGAAGAAUUUAGUUGUACAUUUACGGAAGCAUAUAAAUAUAAAGCCACAUUAUUGUCCGGUUUGUUCAAAAUCGUUUUAUUCAGAGUCUGGUAUGAAACGUCAUAUGAAAAUAUAUCAUGGAGGUAGAUUUUGCUGUAGGUUGUGCCGAACGGUAGUAGAUAGUAACACAGAUUUGAAAACUCAUAUAAAAGUUGCACAUAGUUGUAUGUAGCAUUAGUUUUAACCAAAGUUUAAGUUGUAUAUUGGUUGUUAUUUUUAGUUAAAAUUUAUUUGACUCAAAUAUAAAAGAUCUAUAAAAAAAGAGUGUGUGCCGAGCACACGUGUCAGAAGUGAAACUUCUUUGGCAAGAUUCAAAGAUAAGUACCAAAAUCGUUGCCUUACUUCGUGACGUGCCGGUACUGUUAUGACGCUGACUUAGAAAUUUUACUCGCCUAAAGAAGUUUCACUUCAAAAAGUCGGGUCUAUAUUAUAUGUAAGCAUUUUCUACUCCUAUGGAUGUAUACAUGGGUGCAGUUGUAAUAUUAAUAAUACUAUCUAACAUGUAAACCUAAGAUUUGUAAAAAUAAUAUUCACUCACAUAUUAUAGUCGAGCCAAUUUAAUA